CGACAUGACACGUUUUCGUCUAUUUACAUUACUGGGGUUAAAAGGCCAGUUUCACUAGGCAAUUAAUUAAAUAAAGGGAGGAAUAAUAAGAAUACAUGGUGUAUACAAAAAUUAUAUAUGAGGUGGGAGAAUAAUAUUGUACAAAUAUUCUUUUUUUUUUUUUUUAAAGAGUUUGGGAUACCAUAAAACUUUUGUGACCCACGAUCAUAUUUGAUGAGACGAACGUGAUCGCCAUUUAUGCGUCAUUUAUUUUUAUUCUCAUUUUCUUUUUUUUUUUUUUUUUUGGAAGAGUAUACAAAAUAUAUAUAAAUUUAUAUGUACAAGUAUUUAUAUAUAUUUUGUAUAAAGACAUAUUUGGUUCGUUAUUUUAGGGUCAAGCAAUUAUUAAGUUUUUUUUUUCUUUGUUUUAACAUAAUGGUCAUGUUUUCAGUGAGUCAAAUUCGUUCUACAGAGGCCAGAAAAAGGGAGACAGCUCCAGCGGUGUUCACGAGCAACCUACUUUGAUGUGCCUACGGGAUUCGAAAAAAAAUAUUCUUAAUGGUGAUAAGAUGCCGGUAAAACAUACAGGAAAACCUGGCGACGUCGAUGAACCAAUUGUGGCCUGGAAUUUUACAAAAAAGAAAAAAGAAAAAAGAAAAAAAUUGAAAAAAGGGAGAAAAAUGAAAAGAGAGAAAAAAUAGAAUAGAUAGAAAGAAAAACAGAUAGAAGAUAGAAAGAGAAUAGCAGAAAAGAAAAGGAAAAGAUAUGCGCGAAUUAUAACGAAGAUACAGAAGACAAACGUGAUCUCGUAAUGAUAACGGGAACAAAGUUUGUCGUGUUCGUUGACAAAGUUUGACUUCUUACCGUGCAAGAUAUGACUGCCAUUUUUAUUCGAGGUACAAGGCUUUUGGGUAUUCUUCGAUGAAAAGUCAGAGCACGUUAUCGCGGUAUUUUUCAGCUUGAACUGGCCGACUUAGAAACUCCGUUCGAAUCAUAAUUACACUAUCUGUCCAUUGGGAGCAUCAAAGUUUAAAUUAUCGGUUAUGCACUGUCGCAUCCCGAUGGGAUACAAGCUGAGAAUAACAAAUCAAAGUAAAUAGAUAAGCAGUAUCCGGCACGCAUGUCCUUUCAUGUUACAUUGUUCCUGGGAAAUAGGAUUGUUCCGGAAUAAUCGCGAAUUAAAAUCGCGAGAAAAAAUUUUGGAUAUUAAAAUUUUGAAACACUUUUUCUAUCGAUGCACUCGGUUGAGAAUCAUUCGAGACUUCGGAACGAAUCGGAAAAGUUCGGGUGGAUCGGAAGAAUUCGGGUCGAUCGGAAAAAUUCGGGUAAGAUCGGAUCAGAAUAACAUCAAAGAUGGCGAAUGUACGGUGAAACGUAAUUUGUGUCUUUCUAAUUGUAAAAUAUUUUUAUACACAUUAUCCGUAAAUUUUAAACAGUUUCUUGAAUGAUCGUAAUAAAUUGUUAAAUCAAAAUUAUUAAUCAUCUUUAUUAAUGAGUAUCAAGAAGGAUAAGUAUCAAAUAACGCGUAACGAGAUUCUGAUCGGCCCCAAUCGUGGUUCAUCGACGCAAUUAUUCGAUGAUACAGUUGUAAUGAUAACGAGCUGCCUGAUCAACUGUGGGAAUGCCAUCCACUGAUCGACUCGAUUCGACUCGACCCGAUUGAGUCGAUAACGAAAGAGAAGGAACAGAAAAAAUAAAAGAAACGGAACAAUGUGGACCGCCUCGUAUGUUCUAAUCAGUUCAUGGUCGAUGAAGAAUUCUAAAAAAAAAGUACCCAAUAUUGCGUACUUAUACUAAUGUGAUUCGUGUCGAAUCCAAAUUUUCGUUGAGAAAAUAGAGGUAUAUGGAUUGCUGUGGAAAAUAUUUCUCACGUUUGAAAGAUGGGUCAUGGUUCAAGCCGUUCCGCUUCAUCCGCAAACAUUCUAUCAGCGGACGAACUAACCUUGGUGGAGAAUCUUUUCAAAUCUAUGUCUAGAAGUUCAGGUUCCAUAAAACGUGAAGAUAUAUUUAAACAUUGGUCCACCCAUUUGGAUGAUACAUUAUUGCAAUUUGUAGUAAAGUUUCUCUGUCAUGAACCAGGGAAAAGAGUUUCUGCUAUUAAUGGAGAGAAUUUUGGUAGACUUUAUGUAUUUGCUGUUCGUGGAAGUCCAGAAGAGAGAACUAACUUAAUUUUUAAUGGUUUCUCGGAAGAGGAACAGAAACACGAAAUACCCACUAUUACAUUCCUUCAAUAUGUUCAAGCUACUAUAAAUUCCUACUUGAGAUUACAAAAAAAUUCUGCCAACUCACACUAUUUAACAUGGAGUAGUAUUGGGUGUACAGUGAACACUAGAAGAAUAGGAAUGAGAUCUAGAAGUUUAUGUGAAGAUCUAGUCAAAUAUGGAGAUACUUUAUCUAUCGAACAAGUGGAGAAUUGGUUCUCCACAGCAGCCACUUUCAAAACCAUUCAAUCGCAUGUUUUUCAAUGUCUUUUCCUCAUUUCUCAGAAGAAAGGAGACAAGAAUACCAGUGGUAAAAUAAACGAUUUGAAUCUUUUGCCAGGUUGCAAGGGUUUGGAAAAUAUACCACACUUUCCUAGUAUUCUAGGAUUGGGUGAUGUUUUGUUUUUGAAUCUGAGUUUGCCUCAUGAACUUCGCAACGAAUGGAGAUUCCUAUUUUCCAGUCAGGUACACGGGGAAUCAUUUUCUACUAUGCUUGGAAGAAUAACCAUGCAAGGUUCCACCAUUAUAAUACUUCAAGACAUGGAUGAUCAUGUAUUUGGUGGUUUUGCUUCGAAUAGUUGGGCAACUGGACCAAAUUUUAUAGGAAACGAAUCUUCCUUUCUAUUUAAACUUGAACCAGACAUACUUACAUUUUCUUCCACUGGUUACAAUAAUCAUUAUCAGUAUUUAAAUCUUCAUCAACAAACUAUGCCUAAUGGUUUGCUUAUGGGAGGCCAAUUGAAUUAUCCAGGCUUAUGGUUAGAUUGCGAAUACGGAACUGGAAAAUCGAGCGUAUCCUGUACAACUUUCCAGAAUUAUAUUCAAUUAAGUGGCAAGGAGGAUUUUAAAAUCAAGCAUUGCGAAGUGUGGGGUGUAGGUCCUAUUCCGGAAAUAGAAGAAGAAGGACGCGAGUCGAAGUCAAUUUUGGAUCAAGAUUCUUCUUCGAAGGUCAUAUUGGAGAUGUCUGGCCGCAAAAUGUAUAGCGAGGGAUUAAGGGAGGAAAAAGAAUAAUUGUGAUACCAAAGAUUUGUUUGAAACUUUAUACAGAAUGAAAAAAAGAAAAAAAAGCAUAUCAGGCUAUUAUUUAAAUUUCUAUCAGCUUUUUAGAAACAAAAGGAAAUCAUUGUAACACGAUAUUUGUAACUCAAUGAUAAAAUAGAAAAAAGAGAAAAAGAUAUCAUAGCUUUCGUGGACGUUUUAACAGAGUAAUAAUAAAAGAAGCUUAUUUUUUUUUCUGUUCGCUAACUAAUUUUUUCGAAGAAUAAAAUUCUAGAUCUGUGUAACGGCCUGAUUUCUAGUACUAUUGUUAUUUUUAAUCAAUUCUACGAUACAGUGAUAUAAUACCUAAAAAAGAAAAAAAAAAAAAUAAAAAAAGAAAAAGAGAAAAAAAUAUAUCGAGUUGCUGUUUUUCGAAUGCCUAUUAUCUAGUGCCUGGUGAAUCAUCAAUCAUUUUUAAUUGGACCUCUUAAUACAUUAAAGAAAGUUUAUCAAUGAGAAGAAAUUUGUACAAUACAUAUUUAUUAUAUAUACAUAAGACUGUAUAUGUGUUAUUCAUAUAUGACUGAUGGUGGUCACUGUUCACUCUAUUGUCGGAAAAAAGAAACCAAAGAAUUUACAUUGCACUGUUCAGUAUAAUAUUACAGAAGUUCAAUAAAGAAUUGAAAUCUUGA